GUCCGCAUCCUCCGACCCGCUGGCCAUGGCUCAGAUGCUCAGAGGCACCGUGUCUGACUUUCCUGGAUUUGAUGAUCGAGCUGAUGCAGAAACUCUUCGGAAGGCCAUGAAAGGCCUGGGUACCGAUGAGGAGACCAUCCUGACUCUGUUGACAUCCCGAAGUAAUGCUCAGCGCCAGAAAAUUGCCGAGGCCUUUAAGACUCUGUUUGGCAGGGAUCUUCUGGAUGACUUAAAAUCAGAACUGACUGGAAAAUUUGAGAAAUUAAUCGUGGCUCUGAUGAAACCCUCUCAUCUCUAUGACGCCUAUGAACUGAAGCACGCUCUUAAGGGAGCUGGGACAAAUGAAAAAGUACUGACAGAAAUUAUUGCUUCAAGGACACCUGAAGAAAUAAGAGCCAUAAAGCAAGUUUAUGAAGAAGAAUAUGGCUCAAGCCUGGAAGAUGACGUGGUGGGAGAUACAUCAGGGAACUACCAGAGGAUGUUGGUGGUUCUCCUUCAGGCAAAUAGAGACUCUGAUGUUGGAACUGAUGAAAAUCAAGUUGAACAAGAUGCUCAGGUUCUGUUUCAAGCUGGAGAACUGAAAUGGGGGACAGAUGAAGAAAAAUUCAUCACCAUCUUUGGAACACGAAGUUUGUCUCAUUUGAGAAGGGUGUUUGACAAAUACAUGACUAUAUCAGGGUUUCAAAUUGAGGAAACCAUUGACCGGGAGACUUCUGGUAACUUGGAGCAGCUUCUGCUUGCUGUUGUGAAAUCUAUUCGGAGUGUUCCUGGAUACCUUGCAGAAACCCUGUACUAUGCUAUGAAGGGAGCCGGGACAGAUGAUCAUACCCUCAUCAGAGUCAUGGUGUCUAGGAGUGAGGUUGAUCUGUUUAACAUUAGGAAGGAGUUUAGGAAGAAUUUUGCCACCUCUCUUUAUUCCAUGAUUAAGGGUGACACAUCUGGGGACUACAAGAAAGCCCUGCUGCUGCUCUGUGGCGGAGAGGACGACUGACGUGCCGCUGGGGAGAGAUCCCUGCCCUGUGUGGCCCCUGCCACUGCCCCGUCCCCAGCACACGCAGCUGCAGCUCUCUGUAUGCCAGUGCCCGACACCUUGCCUUACUCACUGCAGCACGCUGCUGACCAACCACAGAGAAGAAAAUAGUGGUGCUGCUUUUUGCUCUUCCAGUGAGACCUUCCUGUCUCUGACUGUUGUAGUACUGACGUGUAUGACGUUCCUAAGGCUAGUGUCUUCACAGAUUCCUUUAAGAGGGCAGGUCGCUUUUAGCCUGUUUUUCUUUUUCAAAGCUUUAUGUAUAUUGAAUUCAUAACCAUAUUACCUUAAUCGGAACCUUAGCCUUGACAUUGUGAACUCCUGGAAAUGUUAUUAAUCAAGUUCACUACUCAGUUAAACCUACUAUGGUGAUUAUGUUCAAAAGAUUAAUGACAAAUAAACAUUUCCUUCCCUCUGAA